AUGAACGUUCGUUGGUUCACUAAAAACAAAGUGGAUGUAAUUCGUCGCUCAAUGCUCAAGCCAGUUCGCGAGGAAGCAGGUCUUGGAUCACCACCAGACAAGUUUUACACUAACGCCAGUGAAACUGUGAAUAGCGUUUUGAAGAAUGCUGUGUCCUACAAGCAAAACAAACUACCUGACUUCAUAUUGAAAUUGAAAGAAGUAUGUGAAGAGCAAGAACGUGAAGUAGAACGUGCCGUAGUCGGACGUGGAAAUGACAUUUCUGGGCCAAGCUCUGACAAGUCCGCGUUUCCUUCUGUAUUGUCUGUAGUAGAGAGCUUUAAGCCCAUCGAAUCUUCUCUAGGCCUACCAAUCGUAACGAUUGAAGGAAUAGCUCGCAAAGCAAAAGAGAUUCUGGAGACUGCUAAUGGCAUUGUACCUGCCCCAGGUUGUGAUGACGCUGCCAGAAUGACACAAAGUCCCUUCAAGGUGCACUUUAUUGUUGGAAAUAUCAGUGUUUGUAAUGGAUGUCGAGGAAGAUACUCUAAGGAGUUGGGCUCACCUUAUGAUUUGUGCAUACAACACGAGGAAUGGCGCUCCUUCACUUUACCUGGAAGCACUUGCCCACAGUCUCGGUUUGGGAACUUGUACAAACAGGUCUGUCAUAUGACCUCUCUGAACAAGGCUCUGAGACAACAUGUACAGCAGCAGUCAAAGAUCAUAGAUCGCCUUUCGGAGAUAAACCAGGCAUUCGACAACGACCUCAACGUCUCCUGGGACACUUUUCAGAUGGAAGAGCCAUGGAACAGUGAUGAAGAGGUUAGUCACAUAUCAUUACGACUUAAUCACUUGUCAUUCAUUUACACAGAGUCCACUUGCAACCUCGAGUGUGCUUGGUGUAGACCAGAGGAGACCACUCACUUGGACAUCGGUGUACACCUGAGUGAGCAGCAUGACAGCGUACUACAGCAUGCCACACCCGUGACCACUCCCUUCGACUGGGUACCACUACAGAGUCCUCCCUCGAGUGUAGACCUCAAUGAGCAGCAUGACAGCGUACCAGACCUGAAUGAGCAGCAUGCCACACCCGUGACAGAGGAGACCACUCCCUUGGACAGCUCGAGUGUAGACCUCAAUGAGCAGCAUGCCACACCCGUGACAGAGGAGACCACUCCCUUGGACAGCUCGAGUAUAGACCUCAAUGAGCAGCAUGACAGUGUACUACACAGUCCUCCCCCGAGUGUAGACCUGAAUCAGCAUGCCACACCCGUGAAAGAGGAGACCACUCCCUCGAGUGUAGAGCAGCAUGCCACACCCGUGGCCUAUUUCAUCGAUUGCAAACCUGCAAAGUCACACAUUCAGGCGGACCCCAUACAAUAUGUGACAGGCUCUAGGAAAACCAGACUAUUGGAGCAGACUAAAAUUUUGAACAUCGAUGACAUUCAGGAGGACCCCGUACGCUGUUUCAAGAUGACACCCUCUCCUUCUCUAACCCCAACUCAAAAUAUGAAAGUUGUUCAGUUACACGAGGGGGUGCUCUGGUUCAAACAGGAGGAUGACAAACCGGAGAACAUGGAUCACGUUCAGAAUACACCUCAUGUACUACAUGACAAAAUCCAGAAGACACCGGAGGACUCCGCACUACAUGAGGACACCUAUGAGCCACAGGAUGACCAAGAUGAGGCACAGGAUGAGGGUCAUGAUCAAUAUGAGUCACAGGAUUACCCUGACGAGGAGACACCCGAAGAUGAGGGGGAUGUAGUUCCUGUUCGUCGUCGUGUCGACCCCAUCUCCAUCGACACCACUGACGACGAGGAACAAGACAAGCUACAGACACCAGUUGAUUCACGUGAUGAAGAUGAGGGGGAUGUGGUGAAGCAGAAACGUCGUCGUGUCGACAUCUCCAUCGACACCACUGACGACGAGGAACAAGACAAGCCACUGAAGAGGAGGGUGGACGUAAGACACCACAAGAUAUGCCCCGUGCCUGGAUGCCACGCCAAGCCACAAGCAAAACUGUCACAACAUAUCAAAGUGAAGCACACGCAGUACGACAGGAGCGAGAGGUUGGCGAUGGUGGUCAAAGCCUCUAGGGCCACGAAGUCCCAGGUGGGGCACCCGACCAUCAGGAGCACGAGGGGGCAGCCGUCCAUUACCUCAUCCUUCUUCCCUGCCCAACCAGAUGAGGCUCCAAUGCUGGGAAUCCAGGAGAGGUUAGGGGCAGGGAAGAGUGGAACCAGGACCUUCCCGCGCUUCCCCAUCAACAGCCCCAACCAUACUAUUGUUUAAGAAACAUUUGAUGAGUGUUGAUGGGAAGGAGCGCACGAGUAAAGUGGCCCAUGAGAUGUGCGUGGACAUCUCAAAAUUCCUCAAAUAUGCAACCGACCCCCUCGCGACGGAACCGGUGUGGAACCACCUCCUCAACAGGAAGCAGGUACUCAAUUACUUCACUGAGCUGGACCAGGCGGUAGGUGUAGAUGGAAAGCUGUCCAAGCUAGACACUUUUGAGGCAGCACUGAAGUUCCUCAGAGCAACCACAUACAAGUUGGACUCUGAGGCGUACAAGGAAUCAACUCACAUGUCUGAAGUCAUGUUGGGGUGGAAGGCAACUUGGAGGAAAAAGAAGUCCAUCAAGAGAGCCGUCAGGCAGGAAAUGGUAUCAACAGACGGCCUCGAGAUGGACGACCUCAACAAACUCAUCGACCACACCCCAAUAUGGGACCUAUUUGUAGACGCCUGCGACAAGGUCAUGAGUGGCCUUCCCAUCACUGCCAAACUAAUGGACGAGUGCUCAACAAUUAUAUCUAUCCCGCUCACAUUCAGAUCCUGGCAGAGACCUGGAGCAGUUGUGAACUGCCUCUUGGCGGAGUAUGAGAGAAAGGAGACCUGCAAGCAGGAUCAGCGUACUCUAUACGUCGUCCAGGUGGCAGAUCACAAAACUUCCAUAUCCGGAACAGCAAAAACUGGUUAUCACUGAACUGGACGUUCAAAUGGUGGACCUGUACGUCCAGUACAUCCGCCCUGUCCAGAUAGCCAAUAACACCUCCAACAGGCUACUAGUCCUCUCUGGUGGACGCGACUUUAAUAACUUCAACCAAAGAUCGCGUCAGAUAUUCAACCAUUUCAGGUUGAAGCCCAUUUCGGCUACCAGAUCACGCAAACUAGCUUCCACUGCAGCAGCGACAAAGCUCGACCCCAAGGACAGCCUGAUGACUGCCAGGCACCUGUCCCACUUGACGGAAACAGAGGUGCUGCACUAUCACGCCUUUGCCUCUGCCUCACACUCAGCUAAGGCAGUCGAGUUGAUACACCAAGCAACGGUCAAAGACUCCUCCGACACCUCCGAGGAUGAAGUCGAAAAAGAGGCAACAAACUCCUUGGACACCUCGGACACUACUAGGAAAAGAAGAAGGGAGGACUCGCCGAUGGUAAUUCAUAAGAAGAAAAGGGUGGUCCUACACAAAGGAAGAGACAGAACUCAUCGCAAAAUACUUCUCAGAGGAGAUUAAAACUGGAUCAACAGCCCACAAACACAACUGCAAGGUAUUUCUAAGCCUUCACCCCACUGUGAAGAGAGACUGCAAACAGAUCCAGGACAAAGUAAAGAACAUUGUCAAGUACUUGUCAUAACUGGAUCUGUUUGCAGUCCUGCUUGACCUUCCAUCUCUAUACUUCACAUUCUGCCGACUGCUUGAGUUAUUGUGUAUUUUUGAUCGUAUACCACAUAAUGAUUUGUCUUCUGCCUACUGCUUUUAGUUAUUGUGUAUUUAUGACCUUCCAUCUCAUCACAUGACCACUAUACCUUAUA